AUGGAGCAGACCAUUGGUGGUCUAUUCAGACUUGUCACCGGUGACCUGAUCCGGCUCAUUGAGACGAAACAUGAAUGCCAAGCCGAACAACUUGCCAAGGUAGGAGGCGUCAGCGGUGUUGCGAAAUUGCUCAGUGUCGACAUUAAUCAAGGUCUAAACAGCAUGGACAGUGUCGAUCUAAAGCGGCGUGAAGACACGUUUGGGUCCAACUAUGUCACACCACCUAGGGCCAAAACCUUGAUUGAGCAUCUGUGGGACGCUUUUCAGGACAUGACGGUUAUUAUAUUAUCAAUUUCUGGCAUUCUCUCGGUCAUCUUAGCGAUCGCCGUGAGUGAUGACCCAGACACAGGCUGGAUUGAAGGCGCUUGUAUCCUUUUUGCGGUGCUUGUGGUAACAAUGGUGACGGCCGUGAACGACUACCAGAAAGAGGCGCAGUUUCGUGCUCUGAAUGCCGUCAUGGAGGAUGAGAAAAUCAAAGUCAUUCGCAAUGGUGUGCCUGCAGAGGUGAGCAAGUUCAGACUUGUAGUGGGUGACAUCGUUUGCGUGAAUUUGGGCGACAUUAUUCCAGCGGAUGGCAUCGUAUUUGAUCAAAAAGAGCUCAAGCUGGACGAGUCAACAAUGACUGGCGAGUCCGACCUGACCGUGAAGGGUGUGGAAAACCCAUUUCUCCUCUCAGGGACAAAAGUCAUGGAAGGUCUGGGCAAGAUGUUGGUUGUGUGUGUGGGGGAAAACUCUCAAGCAGAAAUCAUCAGAAAGCUUAUCCUUGGCACGAAGGAAAAAGCAAGGGAGGCUGAAGAAAAUCUAGUACCAUCUUCUGUGUCAACGACGUUGGAUCCUGCUUCGUCGAAAGCGAUUGAUGGCAUCGUCGAGCAAAAGGAAGAAUACGGCAAUGAAAGACAGUCCCCCCUUGAGACCAAGCUCAACCAUUUGACUAUUCUCAUUGGUAAGCUUGGCAUUGCUAUAGCCUUGCUUGUGUUCAUCAUUAUGUCGAUUCGAUUCUCGGUGCAUAAUUUCACUGGUGACAACAAGAAAGAGUGGAAGGCCAAGUACAUCAGCGACUAUCUGCAGUUUUUCAUCGUGGCUAUCACGGUGCUUGUGGUGGCCAUCCCGGAAGGUUUACCUCUUGCAGUGACGAUAUCACUUGCCUAUUCGGUGAAAAAAAUGCUAAUGGAUAAUAACCUUGUACGCCACUUGAAUGCCUGCGAAACCAUGGGCAGUGCCACGACAAUUUGCUCGGACAAGACAGGCACGCUUACAACAAACCGCAUGGCUGUCAUGCAAAUUUGGAUCGGAGGACACACCUUUUCAUCGGCCUCGCAGACGACCGAUGAGAUGUCCGAGUCCACGCGUGACGUCUUGUGCAAUGGCGUGUGCGUUAACUCGACCGCUGAAAUUCUCCCGUCCAAAGUCGCCGGUGGACCACCAGAACACACUGGUAACAAGACCGAAUGUGCCUUGCUGCAAUUCGUACGGGACUGUGGCGUGGACUAUACGAGCGUCCGUGCACACACCGAGACUGGUCGCAUGCUUACGUUCAGCAGCAAGAAGAAACGCAUGUCUAUAGUGGUCAAACGGUCGGUGAGUACCUGCCGAAUUUACACCAAGGGUGCAACGGAAGUGGUGUUGGGAUUCUGCAGCAAGGUGAAGCGCCUUGAUGGAUCUGUGACCUCUCUUGACAGCAAUCAGAAGAGGAUCAUCGGCACAACUGUUAUUGAGACGUUUGCCUCCCAAGGCUAUCGUACGCUAUGUCUUGCCUACCGUGACGUCGAGGCUUCAGCAGAUGAGAUCAAUCAAUGGUCCGACAAUGACGUUGAGAAGGAUCUAACAUGCAUUUGUAUUGUUGGCAUUGAAGAUCCUGUCCGUAAAGAGGUACCUGGAUCGAUCGAGCUUUGCCGCCGCGCUGGUAUCAUUGUGCGUAUGAUCACUGGAGACAACAUUACAACAGCUUGCCAAAUAGCUGGAAAAUGCGGCAUUAUUUCACCGGGCGAUGGCUCGUUGGUGCUUGAAGGCCAGGAAUUUCGUACACGUGUGUUGGAUAACAAUGGCAACAUCAUCCAAUCCGAGUUUGACAAGAUUUGGCCUUUACUGCGUGUCAUGGCACGUUCGUCCCCCAAGGACAAGUAUACGCUCGUUGCUGGUCUCAUGCAGUCUAAUUUGAUGCCCCAUGGUCCGCAGAUUAUUGCUGUGACAGGUGACGGCACGAACGACGCUCCUGCUUUGAAGAAAGCCAACGUCGGCUUUGCAAUGGGUAUUAGUGGAACUGCUGUCGCCAAAGACGCAUCCGACAUUAUCCUAAUGGACGACAACUUUUCUUCUAUCGUGAGCGCCAUCAAAUGGGGACGCAAUGUAUACGACUCGAUCGCCAAGUUCCUCAUGUUUCAGCUCACGGUAAACGUCGUGGCAAUUAGCCUUGCGUUCAUGGGUGCAGUGAUUUUAGAGCAGUCACCACUUACAGCAGUCCAGUUAUUGUGGGUGAAUCUCAUUAUGGACUCGUUUGCAUCGCUGGCUUUGGCCACCGAACCCCCAACGUCCGCUCUAUUGGAACGUCGACCGUACCCAAAGACGAAGCCGUUGUUGUCAAAUGUCAUGAUAAAGCACAUUCUUGGACAGUCCAUUUACCAGCUUACAAUACUGCUCCUGCUUACGUUCAUGGGUGAACAAUUGCUAGACGUGCCUUCUGGGCGUUUCAACGAUCUGGAGAAAGGUGUCAAGCAUGAACCGACUCAACACAUGACGGUUGUCUUUAACACGUUUGUGUGGAUGCAGCUCUUUAACGAGCUCAAUUGCCGCAAGAUUCACGACGAGCUCAAUGUCUUGGAGGGUUUAUCAAGAAACCACGUAUACAUUUGCGUGACGUGUUUCCAAAUGCUCAUGCAGUUCAUCAUCGUCGAGCAUACAGGGUCAUUUUUCAACUGCAAACCAUUAACGACUGGUCAGUGGACGAUUUCCAUCGGCUUGGGUGCCUGUGCCAUUCCACUGCGUAUGAUGCUGCGAUGCUAA